AUGUCUUCGCCAAUAGUUGAACUCUGGGCAGAGAUAGUUGAAGAGGAGGAACAAAAUGAAGCCCCCGAGCCCGAAAUUGCUGUAGUUUAUCAGAGGCGAAAGACCUGUGUUAACCCUCAGGAAAACGUCUCGAGGAGGCAAUCGAGCUCAAGUAGUGGGAAUGUAUGUAGGAAGAGUAUUGCGCCUGUGAAACGGGUCAGUUGGAACCGGUCCCUUUCUACCAGAGGAAGAAUAAGUAUUGCUGUCACAACAUAUGCGGAUCAACAACCACAACAAAGGAAGAGUAGAAGAAAUGUUAAACCGCCUCUUCCAAGAGGGAAAGCUGUACAACCUCCCAAUUAUGAUAAAGAAAGAGCAUAUUUUCAAGAGGUUGAUGCCUUCGAAUUGCUAGAAGAAAGCCCCUCUCCAAAGAAACCUGGCACUUGGACCAUGGGCAACCAAGUUGACAAUGUUGUAAUACCACAUUUAUCUUCUGUAUUACACAAAUGGUUGAUCUCCAGGAAACUCAACCACGCAUAUUCAUUCCCUGGAUCGCUGUCCAAGAUAUUAGAGACUCCAGUAUUAUCCGAGGAUCGUAUUUGCCGUCCUGAUAGCCUCUCCGGAGAAACACCCGGAAAAGACUCUGUGGGAGUUCAUUCAUGUUUGUAUUCAAUUCAGGAAAGACUCGAGUCAAGCUUGAAUGAUAAACAACUCUCUUCAAUGCCUAUUACGGAAGAGUGUGAGGACAUUGAAGCUGCAGUUCGUAAACUCUCCUUGAGAUCAUCAGGGUCUUCAUCAUCACUGGAGGGCUGGAAUUCUUUUUCAGCUCUUUUAACUGCCUGUGGGCAGUCAGUCCCUUCUACAUUAACUGAUAUAUUAUCGGGUUACUGUGGUCAAGAGACUAUAACCAAGGUUGGUGAAGGAACGUAUGGAGAAGCUUUUAAGGUUGGGAAUAAUGUGUGCAAAAUUGUUCCAUUUGGUGGAGAUUUCAGGGUGAACGGAGAAGUACAGAAGAAAUCAGAAGAAUUAUUGGAGGAAGUUGUUCUUUCAUGCACUCUCAAUCACCUGAGGGGGAACAAGAGUGAUGUACUGAAUGCCUGCACUACAUUCAUACAAACAGUAGAUUUGAGGGUCUGCAAAGGGUUAUAUGACUCUGCUUUAAUAAGUGCAUGGGAAGACUGGGACGGGAAACAUGGUUCAGAAAAUGAUCAUCCAAAGGAUUUUCCAGCAGAUCAGUGUUAUGUUGUUUUUGUUCAAGAACAUGGUGGGCGAGAUCUCGAAAGUUUUGUUCUAUUGAAUUUUGAUGAAGCACGAAGUUUGUUAGUUCAGGUCACUUUAGCAUUGGCUGUAGCAGAGGCGGCAUAUGAAUUUGAACACCGAGAUUUGCACUGGGGGAACAUUCUUUUAAGUCGAAAAGAUUCUGGUAGUUUGCAAUUCAUUCUUGAGGGGAGAAAGUUACACAUCAGAACUUUUGGGUUGGUCGUAUCCAUAAUUGAUUUUACCCUCUCAAGGAUUAAUACAGGUGAAGAUAUACUCUUUCUGGACCUCUCGUUAGACCCAGAACUCUUUGAGGGUCCUAAAGGCGAUAAACAAGCAGAUACUUACAGGAAGAUGAGGGAUGUCACUGAUGAAUGCUGGGAAGUAAGUUUCCCCAAGACAAAUGUGUUGUGGCUCCAGUAUUUGGUCGACAUUCUGCUCUUGAAGAAAUCCUAUGAAAGAACCUCCAAGGAUGAACGAGAUUUACGUUCUUUCAAGAAGCGCUUAAAUAGCUAUGGUUCUGCCAAAGAGUGCGCCUCGGAUCCGUUCUUCAAUGACCUAUUGAUAGUCGGAUAA